UUUUAAACUUAAACAGGUAGAAGGCGAAACAGACAAACCAACGAAAUUUGCAAAUGGAGACCACAUGUCAUUUAGCAUGCCUCACCUUUUCAAAUGCUUAGAGCUCCAAUUACUGCCUUGAGUCGGUCCCUCACAUGGUAAUGGGAGUCUUGGAGAUGGAUUCCGUCGGGGUUGCUGCAUAAAAUAUGGAAACCGCUGACGGCAACCGGGCCUUCGGUUCUUAGUUCUUCCCUCUUGGUUCGGUCACUGAACGCGAAAUAUCGAAACUCAGCGAAAAUGGCAACUGCCAUCUCCCUCUUACAGCUUCCCUCAACUUCUGGCCACCGGUAUUUGCAGAAGGAUUUUGCGGUCGUAGAAUUCUCUUCCUUAACACCUCCAGGCACUGAUGGCGCUAUUUCGCAACUGAAUUCUAAGCGAAGACGACGGUCUGCUCGUAUUUCUAUCAGAUGCCAAUCCACUAAAACUAAGGAACCUAAAACAAGAAAUCUCUUAGACAAUGCAAGUAAUCUUCUCACCAAUCUGUUAAGUGGGGGAAAUCUAGGCUCCAUGCCCAUAGCUGAAGGCGCAGUCACUGAUUUGUUUGACCGGCCGCUCUUCUUCUCACUGUAUGAUUGGUUUAUACAGCAUGGUUCGGUCUACAAACUUGCCUUUGGGCCAAAGUCAUUUGUUGUCGUGUCGGACCCCAUUGUUGCAAGGCAUAUUUUUCGUGAGAACUUGUUUUCUUAUGACAAGGGAGUUCUAGCAGAUAUCCUAGAACCAAUUAUGGGGAAAGGACUUAUACCUGCUGACAUUGACACAUGGAAGCAAAGGAGAAGAGUUAUUGCUCCUGGGUUCCAUGCGUUAUACUUGGAAGCCAUGGUCAAAGUAUUUACAGAUUGUUCAGAAAGAACAAUGUUGAAAUUUGAGAAACUAUUGGUUGCACAAAGUUUGCGUGGAGGGAAGGAAAUUGAGUUGGAUUUGGAAGCAGAGUUUUCAAGUCUGGCUCUUGAUAUUAUUGGGCUUGGUGUCUUCAACUAUGACUUUGGUUCUGUUACGAAAGAGUCUCCUGUUAUUAAGGCAGUUUAUGGUACACUUUUUGAAGCUGAGCAUAGAUCCACUUUCUACAUCCCUUAUUGGAAAUUUCCUCUUGCAAGGUGGAUAGUUCCCAGGCAAAGGAAGUUCCAGAAUGACCUGAAGGUUAUUAACAACUGUCUUGAUGGACUCAUCAGAAAUGCAAAAGAGACGAGACAGGAAACAGAUGUCGAAAAACUUCAACAGAGGGACUAUUCAAAUCUCAAGGAUGCUAGUCUCUUGCGAUUUUUAGUUGAUAUGCGGGGAGCUGAUGUUGAUGACUCUCAGCUAAGAGAUGACUUGAUGACCAUGCUAAUUGCUGGCCAUGAAACAACAGCAGCUGUUCUUACCUGGGCUGUUUUCCUUCUUGCACAAAAUCCCUCCAAAAUUAGAAAGGCGCAAGCAGAGAUUGAUUCUUUGCUAGGCAAGGGGAGGCCAAGUUUUGAAUCUAUUAAAAAACUAGAGUACAUAAGACUUAUUGUUGUGGAGGCUCUUCGUUUGUAUCCUCAGCCACCACUGCUUAUCAGACGUUCCCUCAAGGCAGAUGUAUUACCAGGAGGAUACACAGGUGAUAGAGAUGGCUAUACAAUUCCUGCUGGAACAGAUAUUUUUAUUUCUGUAUAUAAUCUCCAUAGAUCUCCUUACUUUUGGGAUCAGCCCCACAAAUUUGAGCCAGAGAGGUUUCUAGUGCCAAAAGAGAGUGAAGGGAUUGAAGGAUGGGCAGGUUUUGAUCCAACUCGAAGCCCUGGUGCAUUAUACCCGAAUGAGAUAAUGUCAGAUUUUGCCUUUUUACCAUUUGGUGGUGGACCGAGAAAAUGCGUUGGCGACCAAUUUGCACUCAUGGAGUCAACAGUGGCAUUGGCUAUGAUAUUACAGAAGUUCGAUGUGCAGCUGAAAGGGACUCCAGAAUCUGUGGAACUGGUUACAGGGGCAACAAUUCAUACAAAGAAUGGAAUGUGGUGCAAAUUGAGGAAGAGAUCUGAUGCUCACUGAUACAUAUAUAUAUAUAUAUGUAUAUAUAUAAUUUUACAAGAGAGGUAAUGAUGGAAUGAUGCAAUGGUAGUUAACUAAAAAUCAGAGCCCGUCCAGGUUGUUGGCAGAGCUCAGGCCUCAUGUAUACUUUGUCAAUGUGUGAUAUCCUGAGACUGGAAGACUUUCCGCUCCUAUUAUUUCCAAAAGAGGUAGUAAAUGUUAUUGAAGGGCAAGAUGAAAUUGGGUUGAGUUACUGAAUAAUGAAAAAUGAAGGCAAA